AUGUCCAAGGCAAUUAAAUUUCUCACGAAGACGUUCAAACUUGCAACGACUGAUAUCGCUAAUCAGGUGAGAGUUACGACGAAUUCUUUCUUGCGGAAAGAACCAGAACGUUUAUAGUAUGCUCUGCCGGUGAAGUCGUUGACAGGCUACGCGGUGACCAAAAAAACAGCGUCAUCUUCAAGGCGACUCAACCAACUUUUAGUCGAUUCUUUGAAUAUUUCCAAAGGUUUUUGAGAAGAUUUUUCGGUGAUUAUGGUGAAUUUUCAGAUGAAAAAAUUCUAGAAAUCGGGUAUGGCCGUGGCGAUGCCCUGGGCAUGUGCUACGAGAAGCUCAAAGAUGGUAAAGGAAUGGUUAGUUUAAUUCAGUUAUUGAAGAGUUGAGUAAAGUGAUUAAUUGAUUGGAUUGAGUUUUUUUUUUCGAUUUUCUUUCGAUUUCUAAUUUUCAAGCCUAGAAAACAGAAGUUAAAAAAACAGAAGUUAGAAAAAAAUUUUUCAAGAUAAUUUUUCCGGUUGCAAAUGGAAUAAAUUUUUUUCUAUUUUUUCACUAAUUUUCAAGCGAAAUUUCUUCACAUUAUCUUGAUUUAAAGCAAUUUUUCCAAAAAUUUUACAGGGAGUAAAUAUUAAAAAAAUAAUCGUUUCAUGAGAACUUUGACUGGGUUUUUUUCAGUAUUUCACCUGAAACUAUAUCAAGAAUUAAGUAAGAUUGGCUGUAUGAAUAUGGAUUUUUUUUUUUUCGAAGAAUAAAUGAUUUUUAAAUUAAGCACGUGAAUAAGUGUAAAGAAAAUACUCAUUUCAACAGGAAUACCGGUAAACUUACUUUGAUACUUUGAUGGUCCAUCUUCGCUGAUGUUCUCAGCGUGGACCACACGUUCUCCAGGCGGCUCGGUCUUGCGCGACGGUCAUCCAGUGGCGGCCUGGCUGACUGAUGUUCUUGCGGAAGUAGUCCGUCCAUCUGGUCGGUGGGCUCCCGAGUGGGCGCUUGAUGUUUCUCGGAAUCCAGUGUGUUAA